GGAGCUUGGCAGGGCCGCUCGCCACGCGGCCUCUCUGCAGGGGCCGGCGGCUUACGCCAAGGAUAAGGCACACGACGCCGCGCAGGGCUCCGGCGAGGGCAUCAUUGGCUUGCUCGAGGUCUGCGAGAGCGACUUCUCCAAGGGCCUUGCCGAGUACGUCGGCGCGGAGCAGAGCGCUGUGUCCGAGUACGAGCAGCAGACGAAGGACCACGAGGUGGAGACGGCUACGAAACAGCAGGAUGUCAAGUACAAGACGAAG